AUGGCCGCUCGUGCGGCCGAGAGCUUGUUGGAUGUCAUGGCGCUCGGCGGGAUGGGCGAUGCCCCGAGUUGGCGGCGUUUGGCCCAGCUCCUGGGGGCCAAAACCAUUGGCGCCUGGGCCGACAAGGAACGCGCAAGGUCUGUAGUUGCCCAAGAAACGCAGUGGUGCCACGCCAACCAGUAUGGGCGCUGCAAGUCUCAGGCGGAUCUUUACCAGCUGUGCACGGACGCUGGAGGCGAGCUGUCUGGCAUCUGGUCAUGCUUGGGGACGGCGAACAAGUGCAAGUUGCCGCUGCUGUGUGCGGGGCCGCCCCCUGGGAACUGGGAGCUGGCCCGCUUCCAAGUGGCCAUGGGCGGUGGGCACGUUGCGCUACUGAUGGCCGCCAG